CUCUGGGGCCGCGUGGAGAGUGAUGAGCGCUUCUCCAAGGUGGAAUCUGCAGCACCCGAGCGCCGGCGUCCGCUGCCCACACCCCUUCCUUGCCAGCCGGCACUUCGGCGCACAGUUUUGCCCAAACCUCGAGAAUAAGUGAUCAGCAUUUGAAAGUCUUGGGGUAUAACUACUUCUGAUGGCUGGGAAUAAAGGAAGAGGACGUGCUGCCUAUACCUUUAAUAUUGAGGCUGUUGGAUUUAGCAGAGGUGAAAAGUUACCUGAUGUAGUGCUGAAACCACCUCCACUAUUUCCUGAUACAGAUUAUAAGCCAGUGCCACUGAAAACAGGAGAAGGGGAAGAUUAUAUGCUGGCCUUGAAACAGGAAUUGAGAGAAACAAUGAAAAGAAUGCCUUAUUUUAUUGAAACACCUGAAGAAAAACAAGAUAUUGAAAGGUAUAGUAAAAGAUAUAUGAAGGUAUACAAAGAAGAGUGGAUACCAGAUUGGAGAAGACUCCCAAGAGAGAUGAUGCCCAGGAAAAAAUGCAAAAAAGACCCAAAAUCCAAAAAGGCAAAAGAUACAGACAAAGGUACUUCACUCGCUAAUACUGCAGAUGUGUUGAAAAAAAUUGAGGAACUGGAAAAGAGAGGUGAUGGUGAAAAAUCAGAUGAGGAAAAUGAGGAGAAAGAAGGAAGCAAAGAGAAAAGUAAAGAAGGCGAUGAUGACGACGAGGAUGAUGCUGCAGAACAGGAGGAGUAUGAUGAAGAAGAGCAAGAGGAGGAAAAUGACUACAUUAAUUCAUAUUUUGAAGAUGGAGAUGAUUUUGGUGCAGAAAGUGAUGACAACAUGGACGAAGCAACCUAUUAGCCAUAAAAUUUCUCAAAAGAAAUUUAUGAUAUAGCUUCUGAGCAGUUGAACAGACUUGAUUUAUUUCUGAUAGGGAAUAUAUAUUUUUUGUUUCUAUUUUGUUGGACAAAUGUUAUUAAAAUAUUCAUAACUGCUUUGAGUUUACACAUUAGUUACCUUUUAAACUUAUCUGACACUCUGACAUUCCUCCUUAACAACUUUGCCAUCCCUCUUGUGAAUGUUAGUGGAUUUUUGUAUUAUUUGGGUUUGAUUAUGCCUAAAGAGUUUGCACCUCUUAAUCUAUGUAUUCAUACAUACUUGAACAAAUUAUUCUUGUUUAACUGAUCUUUUGUAAAAAUAUUACUAGUUGUAAUGGAUUUCUAUAAACUCAAAAUUGAUCUAAUAUAGCACAUGGAGCACUUUAAAAACAAAGAAACUUGAAAAUUAUCAUUUACAUGCUAUGUUCUAUACUACUACAUUAUGACUCCUUAAACCUGCCUGGGCUCUUAAAGUACAAACUUAUGAGAUUAGAGGUUUUGUGAUCAAAAACAUACAUGCAGGGAAAAAUGUCAAUCUGAGCUAUAUAAAUUUCACAUUUCACAUCUCAGCCAGUACAAAGAGACUUUCAUUUGAGAUGAAUAUUAUAAAUACUUGAAUUUGGGGCUAACUUCAUGAGUUAGUGAUCCCUCUGUAAUAAGUCUGACAUCUUCAAAUAGUUGGGCUGUUGAAAAAUUAGACUGGGACAUCUUGUUUAAUACGUAAGUACAUGAAUCCUGGUUGUAUAAAUUUCAUAGAAUGCAUGAGUAUGAAUUUGGUCAAGUGUAGUGGCCUCUAUUAUGUUUCACAGGACUAAUAAGCUGUAUAGUUCAUUAUAUAUAUAGAAAGAACUCAGGUCAUUAAUCUUUUUUGUUUAACUUAAAAGCUAGCUCCCUGCCAUUUUAUAUUUUGGGGAGAAAAUACCUGGACACCUCAACCUUCAAAAACUUAAACAUGCCAAAGAUUUUCAAGGAAAUUCAUAUAAUAGAUUUCAAAAAAGAUUUAUUAGAAAUACCUGCCAAAAGAAAUGAGGAAAAUUUAUUUUUCCCUUUUGGGAAGGUAUUACCCGUUACUGAGAAUCAGAACCCUAAAUUUUAUUUCUACUGUAAUAUUAAGUUCAACCAUGACACUGAACUUGAUUUUCUGUGCCUUAGUUUAUCCACUUGUAAACUACUUCCUAUAAAAAGUAUUUAACCAGAAUUUACCAUGUUUACAUUCUCUCACCUUAGAGAAAUGAUCACAUCUUAAAUUUGGUUUUAACCUUCUAAACAAAGAAGCUUAGAAAAUGACUGAAAACCAUUUUGAGAAAAAAUGUUUUCCUCAUAAUCAGGUUUCCCAUCUUUUAUUUGUGGGAAAUUUGUAUUGUCUUGUGUAAUUUUGCAACAUGAUUGUCUCAGGAAAAAAGAUCAUUUUCAAUAGCAGUACUUCCUCAAAUAAUUCAAGAUGGGUGUGAGUACCCAUAUUAGUUUAAUGCUGUACUCCAAAUAUGUGGCUUCUCAUUUAAAAGAGCAUAUCAAAAGAUUUAAAGAUUCUAAAUGGAAACAUGAAUAAAUCUUCUUUAAAGUGCAAUCUAUUAUACUUAGAAUAGAAACCUUAUAUGAAAUUUUUAGUAAUGGCAAAGUUGUCAUUUGGGAAUAAUUAACAUAGGUGUUUUAUUCUCACUUCCUUUGGUGUACAAGAGCCAAAUACCAUUUUGUUUAUAGAAAUCUUAUUUCUGUAGUUGAAUCAGGCAAAUACACUGAAGGCAAAGGUAUUUCUUUUCCUAGCUUUAUAUUUGUCUUCAGUUAUAGUCCUAAAUAUAGUUAGGGCAGCACCCUUGGGCAAGGAUUUACUCUGGGAGGCCCUGGCCAUCUCUUAUUUAAACUUCUUCUUUCCCCCUUUGAAACAUUUUUUUUUUUACAGUUUUAAAGUAUGCUAAUUGUGAGAACAGACAAGGUUUGCAGAUUGCUUUACUAGUAUUUUUUUUUUUUUUUCUGGCUGAAGAUCUGAGACUGUGAAAUUAUUCCAU